ACACCGAGUGCAUUGCCUGCUGAGGUUGAUUCAGCUACUCCACAAACAGAAGAAGGGUCUGGACAAUCCAUAUCUGUCACGUGUACAUCAAGCGUAACCAAAGACCACCAGGAGGAGGACGACGAAGAAGAAGAAGAACCAGAAGAACGAACUAGCUCAGUUCCGUCGGCUUUAGCCGUAUCGUCCGUGGAGAACGAACAAACAGUCCAGCCGAGCGAGGUAGUCGAUCCCGCACUCGAGGAAAACAAACGUAAUAGUGCGGCUAUUUGUAUUCAGGCUCACUUUCGAGGCCAUCUUGCUCGAAAGAAGUAUCGGGUGACCGUAAACGUAGAGGAAGAAACUACUGUUAUUGAAGAAACUUCAACAGAGGACGUCUCAGGUAGUGAAGCAGCCCCUAUUGCGCCUAAAUUAAAGUCCCCCAAGCAGUCAAACCAGGACGAAGACGACCGGUCUAUCGAAGAGCUUCACACAAAAUCAGACGAGAUUAAGGCAGUAACAGAAAUACCAAUAGAAAUUGUAUCACAAAACUCGCACACCGAGGGCAGCACCCAAUCGACAGAUCCAUCAGAUACAGGUGUAUCAUCACCGGUGCAGCAGACCAGUUCAGAGAUAACCGAUAAACCGGACGGCACUCAUCCCCUAAACCCGGCCGAUUUGAGUUCAAAUAGAACAGACGACCCCGCACAUUCUCAGUCGGUAGAACAGGACCAAGAAAGCUCCUCUACAACACACGAUACAGAACAGUCCGGUGAAUCUACCGAAAGUGUUGAACAAGAAGUAAGUAAAUUCAUCACCCUAAUGUACGAUUAUAAUUGCAAUAAGUUGGCUUACAAGACAAUCUAA